AAUCUACCUGCUGAAAUUUAUGCGCGACCCACUAAAUGUUGUUUCACACGCGUCCCUUUCUUAGUGCACUCUGUCGCACAGCUGUCAACCAAAUCAGAUCAUACUCAUCUCCGAAGAAAAUGGCUGCUAGUCCCAAAAGAGCUAAGCUGUCUGAUGAAGAAAGGCCUUCAAUACUUUCCACACUCAAAGAAUCUGGCUGGACUUUGGUUGAAGGCAGAGAUGCUAUUUAUAAAGAAUUCAUUUUCAAAGAUUUUAAUCAGGCAUUUGGAUUUAUGACCAGAAUAGCAAUAAAGACAGAUAAAAUGGAUCAUCACCCAGAAUGGUUCAAUGUUUAUAACAAGGUACAAAUUACUCUGAGCACCCAUGAUAUAGGAGGCUUGUCUCACAGGGAUGUUACGCUUGCUAAUUUCAUUGAAGAAGUGGCAAAAUGAGAUGUGGCAUAUCUAGAGUAAUUUGGAGAAGUCUAAUUCAUGAAUAUCAGAUCAAUAUGAUUUAUUUGCAUAGACAAAGUAGAAUGCUGGGUGAAAUAAAAAUCAUUCCUUUCAAAAUGAACAUGACAUUUACAAAA